AUGAAUACGAACAAAAAAAAACCGUUUCACAAAAAACUGAAUAGAAGAGUACUCAAGGAAUUUUCAUACGUUUCUUUUAAGAAGGAAAUUGCGAAGCUGUAUGAAAAGGAGAAGGACUUCUUUAAGCAGAUGCAUAAUGGGACUCUAUCGUCGGAAGAUGUUUUAAGAUGUGACGGGACAAACGAUCCAUAUGUGCGGCGGAAGGGGGAGCACCACGUGGAUGGUGCCGGAUUGGUGGUCAAUGUGCGAAAAGGACCUACGACUUCCCGUUCGCUAGGAAAGAUCGCCAAAAGACAAGAGGCCACCAAGGGGGCGGAUCCCAAAGGAGGUGUAACUGGCCGAAAAGAUGUUCUGAAAUCCCAAUCCAUGGGGGACAAAGACACGGAAAGUUUCCACUCGUGUUCUAUGCAGGAGCACGACGAGGAGACUAGCUCGAAGAAUUCAGUGAAUAAUGUGGGGGGGAAGAAUCUCCAAAUGGGGAAAGCCAAGGUAGAGCAAGUAAAGAAGAAUGCACACAACACCAUGAGCGAUCACACGCGGAUGAUCAAGCAAGAGGAAAAGGAAGUCAUAAAGCAAGUGCUAAAAAUAAUUAUAACAGAACAAAAAAUAUUCGAUAUUUUAGCGAGGCAUUUUCAGGAGAGAAUAAUAGAUGUUAUAAGCCCCCAAAUGAUGAAAUACAUUUUAAAAAAGGCACGAAAAAACGUGGACUUUCAGAUGGUAAAAAUUCUUCUGGUUCAGAAUGUAGACCAGAAGAAUAUAGAGAACACCCUCAACACUAAAGGGAAAAGAAAGUUAUUCAAAAAAUAUAUUUUCUCUAAGCAAAGAAUGAGGGCUAUAGAAUGUGCGCUCCUUGAAAUUGCGUGGAUGGAUGAAUAUGGGUUCAAUUUUCGUGAAUCCUAUAAAGAGUUAGACAUAUCAUCGGAUGAGUACCUUCUCUGUGUGGAAGCCGUGUGUGUUUAUCUGACACGAAAAUCUCAGGAGGGCACGGCGAAUUAUAAAAAAUACUUGGCUGUGCAUAAGCACGUUAGGCAGCUUUUGCAUGGAAACUCCAGUGCGUAUGAGAGCGGCAGUAGUGUUAGAUCCGUGCAGGGGGUCAGGGGUUUGGACACCCAGGGAGAUGACAACAGUCAGAGGAUCGAACAGAAGAAAAGCAAAAAUGUUAUCGACGCAGAGGAUAUUGCCCGUCUGCAUAUUGACCAGGGGGGAAGCGACGGUGGUGAAGUGGGGGGUCCAAAAAAGGACAAUACCACCAAAGUUCCAUAUAAACCGGGUGGAACCCACGAAAGUUCUGCGGAAUUACUCAAAAUGGUGAGCGAAGAAAUGAAAAAAAGGGACCGCGAAAUUAACACACUGAAAAGGUCAUUGGAGCAGAUAGAGAAGGAUGUAAAGCUGCUAUUGAGAAAGAAUGACGUGAGGACAGAUUCGGUGGAAGACUCGUUGGACCACUCGUUGGAGGAUUUCAGAAGGAGCCAUUCUUCCUACCGCAGCGCGGAGAAGGCACCUCCACGGGGGGAGUCAUGCGUGAAGUCAUCUGUGAAGUCAUCUGUGAAGUCAUCUGUGAAGCCGUCUGUGAAGGCAUCCGCGGAACCACCUGUGGCCGUCCCCAUAAGCGAGGAAGACGUAACCUCGUUCAGGCACAAGGCAUUCGUCCUGAUUAACUUGCUGAAUGAGCACCUCACCGGGGAGGAAACCAAAACAAGCGCAACUGCGAAGAAGCAAACGGAAGGGAAACCUCUAACCCUGAAUUAUCUGAACGAGGAAAUUGACAGACUGAUAGGCAUCAUGACGGGGGGAAAAAAACCAUCUACAGAAAAACCACCGGCAGAAAAACCAUCUGCAAACAAACCAUCUGCAAACAAACCAUCUGCAAUCAAACCACCUGCAGACAAACCAUCUGCAGAAAAACCAUCUGCAGAAAAACCACCUGGCCACGUGGGACAAAGCAGCAGUGAGGUGUGGAGCCCCUCGGAGGGCGCCUCCAACUUGGAGGAAGAACGAAACAAAUUGGUAUCCCCCCCAAUGAAGGGAAUGAACAAAAAGGGAAAGACAACCAAAGUUGAGCAGUUCCCAGAGCAGAUAAAUUGGGAGGUAUCAAAUGUGGGGAAAAAAGCAGGAGCCAGGGAAGCAGACAGAAUUGUAUACAUGGCGGGGAAAACUGCCUCUGCUAAAAUGGAUUCCUUUAAAAUGAGCACCCCGCAAGUGGGAUCAACAUCCGAGUUAAGGAAAAACGAUGCGAUCAAAAUGGAGAGGAAGGUUUCCCCACCAAGCAGUUACACAGAUAGGGUGAAAGAAAGGCAAAAGAAAUCUUCCGUCUACGAGUACGACGUAAGUACCACUCGGUGGAACAACAACCAUGGCAUACUUGAACCCAAAAGAGAAAAGAAAAAAAAUAGCAUCCUUAAAUACGUUAAUAAUUUUAUGAGCAAUGCAGCGAGCGAAAACAUGAACAGAGGAAUAUCAUCUGUGGAGAGUAGCAAAAUGGAAGACAUGGUUACUUCUCAGAACACCAGUUCAGAUGCAUCCAUAACCGUGGAGAACACAUAUAAGAGGAGAAACUACUUCCAGGAAUACAUGAAUUACUGCAAGGAGACUGAGGAGGAGGAUGGGGAUGGAGAGCAGAGUGACCUCGUGUCGGUAAAUAACGCACCCCAUGUGUACUCCAGGGGGGGAAGAACCACCAACCAGUGGAAAAGAGAGAAUAAAGAGAAAAGAGAAAAGGAGGCCGAGGAAAAUAAAGAAAAGGUGGGCGAGAACAGGGCGAAGAGCGAGGACCUGAUGAACCUGAAUGGGGAGCAGAUCAACCACAUGCUCAGCAUCGGCAAGGAUAAAAGCAACAACACGACGGUGACGACAAAUCACAUGGUCGAGAAGGGAGAAGCGAGAAUUGUUGACAACUGCGAUGGGAAUAAGGAAAAAGAGAAGGGGAAAAAGAAGCUGUUGAAGGAGCAGAAGGGAAAUGCUCAUGAGGUAGAGCAAGGCAUAGUGAUGACCGGAAGACGGGAAGAAAGACAAGACGCAACGAAGGAAAGGAAGAAUAAAGAAGGGGACGAGCGGGAUAACAACCUAAGUGGACGCAAAGACGACAAAGGGGAAAGUGACCCUGAUGAGGAGAAGAAGCAACAUCCGCAUGAGUUGGACGAGCUGGACAAACUGAGCGACCAAGCCACGGAGAGUGGGGACAGUGUGGUUUACAACUACAACCUGUAUAACGCCAUCUACGACCUGAACGAACAGUUUUCCAGUGUGGUGAAAAACAUGUAUAUGGAGAAAGACGCUGGGGGGACAAUCGCAGGGACGCCGGAAAAUGAAAAGGUGAAGUCGAAGGGGAAGAAGGAAAAGGGAAAAAAAGGAAGCAAGGUCGAGCAGGAAGUGGAGGAUUCGACCCAAUUGAGCGACAUUGCGGAGAAUGCAGACAAAAGGAGAAAAGAGGAGAAACUCAAGAAGAAGGCCAAAAAGAAGGAGGAGAAACGGCGAAGGAAGGAACUGCUGGAGGAAGAAAAGAGGAAAAUGCAGGAAAUAAAAAAGGAAAAGAAGAAAAAAAUGAAAGAAAUGAAAAAGGAAGAAAUGAGGAAAAUGAAGGAGGCAGAGAAGGAGAAGAAGAAGAAGUUGAAGGAGGCACGGGAAGCGAGGGAACAAGAGGAAAUGAAAGCGAGGGAACAAGAGGAAAUGAAAGCGAAGGAGGAGAAGAAGGCCAAGGCGGCAAGAAAGGCAAAAAGGGCUGCGGCCAAAGCGGCUGCAGCUGCAACCGCAGCGGCAACUACAGCGGCAACUGCAUCUGCCCAGCGGGUGGAGGGAAAUCUGACCGAAUACUCCUCCAUGAGGGAGAAGAACCCCAGUGAUGACACCCAGGCGGCCGAACCCCCCCCAAACAACGACUACAACUUUAUCGAUGCAACGUCUAGUGACAAGCGUAAGAUGAUGGAGACGCAAAGGGGGAAGAUCAUAUACGAAGAAUACAUAACUCAGGAGAAGGCAAUUAAGGGCAUCCUCAAGAAGAAGUACAUGCGGGGAAUCCUCACCGCCCGGAGGCACGACAACGGGUUUGUCAUGUGCAACGACAAGAAGGUGCAUAUAAAGUCGAAGAAGGACAUGAACAGAGCGAUCGACGGGGACGCAGUGGUGAUCCAGCUGACGGGGGACAAAAGGGGAGAGGCAAGCGGGGUAAGAAAAACAAAGAGGAGGAGGGCAAAGUCAAGUGCCCGGCGAAAUAAAAAGGAAGAAAAACUUACUGGAAAAAUAGUCUACAUAGAAGAACACCACGGGUCGAAUAUCCACUAUGUGUGCAUUUUUAGAGAAAAAAUGAAAAAGCAAAAGUACAGCUUGGCUGUCCCAUUUAAAAAAAGUAUCCCAUUUAUUAAGGUGAAAAAUAGGCACAUAAUUCAGUUCAUGAAGAAGAGUAACGUCAUCAACAUAACGAACCAAAUCCUCUAUAUUAAAAUAUUUCAGUGGAACACAAAUGACUCAUUUCCAGAAGGGAGAAUUGUCGAACUCCUUGGACAAAACGACUUGUUCCACAACAUGCAAAAUGCCAUUCUGCUUAACUACAAUUUAAACUUCAAUUUGAGAGAACCUUUGGAAGAUGAUUUUUUAAAACAAUUAAAAAAUAAGGAAAUUUUAUACAGCGAUAUAGUCAGUGAGGAAGUAAAAAAGAGAAUGGACUUGAGUGAAAAAUGUAUCUUCACCAUCGAUCCGGAAACAGCGAGAGAUUUGGAUGACGCCAUUAACAUCAGCAGAAUAAGCAAAAAAAAAAUAGCCAAAUGCAAUUUCUACAUCAGUGUUAUUCACAAUUUAAUGGUUCACAAUGGAGAAAUUGAGGAAUCCAUUUUGCAAAAAAAUCUCUCCUUUUUUGUUAAAGAGGAUGAUGAUUUUUUCCAAAAGUUGAAGAAGAAUAAAUACAUCAAGGAGAUGGAAGAUAUUAAAUAUGAAAAUUUUGUAGACAAGCCGGGUGAUGACUCCUCUAAGAAAAGGAAGAAUCGACCCGGUGAGAUGUGCACCCGUUACACACACCAGGGGAACCAACAUAUGGAAAGCAGCAGCACCACGGAGGAUAGCUCCCUACAGAAAAGCAACAGCAGUGGACAGGCGAUGGGAAAGUACCACCACCUGGUGGGCAACCAGAAGGGAAGAUCAAAAUAUGAUCCCCUCAUGGGGAACAAGAAUUAUGGCGAUUCCGAAUCGGGCACGGGGAUUAGCAGCAUAACCAGGGGAGCACACAGAGGUGUAAGGAAGGGAGAAAGGAGUGAAGGGGAUAAUCACCUGGACAAGUGCGGAAACCCGUUUGAGGAUUCCUCUAUGUGUAAUUCCGGCUACGGUGGGGAAAAUGAAGAGUAUACGCGGAGGGGCGCCAGUCGGAAGAAGCCAUUAGAAAAGGGCGAAAGCGGUAACGGUGAUGGCGACGCCAGCCCCAGCAAGCUAACCAAAUACCAACAUAUAUUUAAAAAGUACCUGAACGAAGACAUAGGAAGGGACGUCCUGAGCAACCACGACCUGUUCUGCGAAAAGUGCAAGAGACACAUAACCCUGAAGGAAAUAAUAAAGGACAUGACGGAAAAAAAAUGGAAAAAGUACAACUUGUUCGAAGUGGGAGUGCAUAUAACAGACGUCGCCUAUUUUAUAAAAGAAAACUCUUCCCUCGAUAUUGAUGCGCGUAAUAGAGCUAUGACUAUAUACCUAACGCAUACGUGCUUCCCCAUGAUUUCCAGAAUUUUAAGUGAAUCCUUGUGUAGUUUGGACCCCAUUAACAGCCGUUUAUGCUUGUCGAUAUUUUUCUACAUGGACAGUGCAGGCAGAAUUGAUCACAAUUCUUUUUUCAUUAAGGAAAGCAUAAUAAAUAGUAAAGUGAGGUUUACCUAUGAGGAGGUUCACUUGCUUGUGAAAAGUUAUAGUAAAUUGAGAAAGGUAAUUAACCGUUUGAUGAAGGAGGAACGCAGCAGGGGCGCUUCCCACCUUUUGGGAAUACCCCCAGGGGGGGAUACUGCUGUGUGGGCGAAGCGGCAGGAGGGAGAUGAUGCAGUGGGGGGAGGAACUGUUGCAGAAGCGCUCGAUGGUGGACAGCACGUCGAACAGGGUAACCAGGCCAACCAGGCCAACCAAACCAAACACGGUGUGGACACUGCACAAAGUGAUCAAAAAGGGUCCGUUGCGCCCAUCCCAGCUGAGGAGCCAGCCAGCCAGAAGAGCAGCCUAUACAGGAAAUUCCUGAACCUGAAUUUUUACUCGAAAAAGAAGAAGAGCGCAAGUGUGGAAUGUGAGAAUGCCUCGUGUGGGAACGCUACCAAUGGGCGAAGCGAAGCGGGUGGCCCCCACCACAACAACGGUAGUAACAAUGGCAGUAACAACAACGGCAACCACAAUGGAAGUAACGACAAGGGAAGUAAUGACAACAGUUGCAUGAAGGCACUGCUCAACAAUCGCAACAAUUGCGGAAAGAGUGAAGAUGCAAAGAAGACAAAUGCACUGAUGAAGAAACACAUCCUGCAACAUGGAGAUGUAAAAAAAGGAAUAAGGGAUCUCCUAAAAAUUUUCAAAAAUCUGAAUAAUAAAAAUUACAAGCUAUCCUACAGGAAAAUCUUCCAAAUCGUAAAAAACUUGUAUUAUUUACACAAGGUUACCAAGCGCGCAAGAGUCAUACGAAAGAAUAAUGGCUCCCUCCUUUUCAAUAACGAUAAGAUGAAUAUUAUUCUGUCUAGUACCUGUACCCCCAUAGCAAUUGCGAAAAAAAAGUACACCUUUGCGAAUUACUUAGUCGAGGAACUCAUGUUGAGUGCUAAUAAGUUAGUAGCAAUAAGGCAAUAUUUUAGUAAAUAUAGAGACGUGUCCGUUUUUAGAUGCCACAGUAUGGAUAACAUAAUAGAAACAAGUGACAUCAUUGAAGUUUUAGAAAAGCAUGGGAUUUAUUUGCCAGUUUCUGACUUGAGGCAUAUUUUAAAAUUUUUGGAUGAAGCAAGAAGUGUCAUUAAACAGAAGAGCAAAAAUAUCUCAGACAUUGUUUUUGCCUAUGCCAAGAAGAAAAUGAUGAGGGCAGAAUAUCACACCUUUAAGAAUAUUAAGGACAACCACAUGAGUACCUACCACUAUGCGCUCUCCUUCCUUUUGUAUACCCAUUUUACUUCUCCUAUUAGGAGAUAUCCAGACAUUUUGGUUCACCGGGUUAUUAAGAAAAUCAUCAGUGACGAGAAUAAGCUGAAUGGGCAGUUGUCCACCAGGCAGGAAAUCCUGGCCGCCCCGGAUACCUCAGACGUGGGCAUAAUUGAGAAAAUUUGUGAAAACUGCAACAAUUGCAAGACAAAGUCCAAGUGGGCCCAGAUAGACUGCGAAAUUGCCUUUUUCUGUUUGUACUUGCAAAAGCAGGACCAUCCGGGUUACAACAGGGGCAUCAUCAUGGAUAUUUACAGGGAAAAGUCCUCUAUAUUCUUCAAGUCUUUCUCAUUUGAAAAUAGCCUCUACUACAGCGGUUACGAAAAGCAUACCACCAAAAUGAAUAGGAACCAUAAGGCAUAUUUGAGGGAAUAUGUUAUACAGCCCAAUUUGGCCAAGCAGGAGCUCACAGUUCAUGUUUACAGUGCCAACAAGAAAAAGGUCAUCAUGCGAAAGGUGUACAAGCGGUUCGAUUAUAUUCCCCUCUAUUUUUUCCCCUUGAACACGAUGCCUCCAUCGUAUUUCCUGGCCGUCGCCGAUCGUUGA